UGUGUGUUGUCCAAAAUCCAAUAUGGCUGAUGGUAACAGCCCACUUCUAAGUUGAGUGUUUAUUACGUUUUAUUACGUUUAUUUCUGACCGAGCAAAAAGUCAUUCAAUUCAAUCUAUUCCAGCGAUUCUGAUUUUAAAUUGUCAUUUAUAACCAAACAGCGAAUUGUUUUUGAUCAUCUAUCCUAUUUUAUAUUCAUAUGUAUAAAAAGUUGUUCGUCACGUUUUAAAAUCUAAAAACAACAAGGAAGUGCGGUUAAGUGUUCAACGCACCACAUACGUUAUCAACGUAUUUUUAUAAACAAGAAUUUCAUUUUGUUGAGAGCCAAAAUGUCUUUAACGAGUUUUUUGCCAGCACCCAGUCAAGUGACUUGGGACAGAUCUGAUGAAGCACGUGAACAAAAACUAAGGCAACGACCUGUAUCAGCUUUGGUGAAAGCUUUUGUUACCGCACCACCUUACGGCCAACGAAAAGGAUGGAUUCCCCGAAAUCUCGAUGACUAUGGAGAUGGUGGUGCGUUUCCGGAGAUCCACGUUGCCCAGUAUCCUCUGGAAAUGGGUCAGAAAGGCAAAGAGACAUGCAACGCCUUGGCAAUUCAGCUCGACGCAGAAGGAAAAAUAAAAUAUGACUUGAUCGCUCGGCAAGGUCAUUCCAAAGACAAAAUUGUCUACAGUAAACUCAGUGAUUUGCUACCUUCAGAAAUAGCAAAUGAAGACGAUCCAACCUUGGUACGACCGAGUGAAGAAGAGUUGGAAGAAAUUACAGAACGGACAAGGAAAGCCCUGGAGAAAAUCACGCAGUCAAAGAUCGCUGCUGCUAUGCCAGUUCGUUGUGCAGAAAAGCAAGGCCCAGCUCAGUAUAUUCGAUACACUCCGUCUCAGCAAGGGCAAUCAUUUAACUCGGGAGCCAAGCAACGAGUCAUACGGAUGGUUGAGGCUCAAGUUGACCCGAUGGAGCCACCGAAAUUUAGGAUCAACAAGAAAAUUCCUCGUGGACCACCAUCUCCACCAGCACCAGUUUUGCAUUCACCUACCCGUAAAGUCACUGUGAAAGAGCAAAAAGAAUGGAAAAUACCUCCCUGCAUAAGUAACUGGAAAAACGCAAAAGGUUACACGAUUCCUCUGGAUAAACGGUUGGCUGCUGAUGGGCGAGGCUUACAACAGGUUCACGUGAACGAAAACUUCGCUAAGCUAGCUGAGGCUCUUUACAUUGCCGACAGAAAAGCCCGGGAGGCUGUCGAAAUGAGAGCGCAGUUAGAAAAGAAACUGGCUCAGAAAGAAAAGGAGAAGAAGGAAGACCAUCUCCGUCAGCUAGCUCAGAAAGCCCGUGAAGAGCGUGCCGGGUUGAAGGCUUCUGCGGCUCUGGAGAAGUCGGAGGAGUCCAAAGAACGGGAUCAGCUGCGGCAUGAGAGGCACAAGGAUCGUGCGCGCGACCGCAAUCUUGCCCGUGCGGCUCCUGACAAGCGCUCCAGAUUACAACGGGAACGUGAGCGUGAUAUAAGCGAACAAAUCGCUUUGGGAAUGCCCGCCAAAAAUAUAAAUACCACCGGUGAGGCUCAAUUCGACCAGCGACUAUUCAACACCACCAAGGGAAUGGACAGCGGAUAUGGUCAUGAUGACGAGUACAAUAUCUACGAUAAGCCCUGGAGGGAUUCUAAUUCACUGGCUAACAAUAUCUACAGACCUAGUAAAAAUAUCGAUAAAGACAAUUACGGUGAUGAUCUGGAAAAGAUUGUAAAGACGAGUAGAUUUGUACCAGACAAAGAAUUUAGUGGUACUGAUCGAUCGGCCCAAAGGAGUGGCCCUGUGCAAUUCGAGAAGGAUGAAGAGGAUCCCUUCGGAUUGGAUCAGUUCUUGACUCAAGCCAAGAGAGCCAGCGGAUCAACAACAACACCAAGUGCUUCUGCGACUUCUUCGAAGCGCAAAGACGACAAAGAUCGUCCUUCUGUACCAUUAAAAAAGAAAAAGAAAUAUUAAUCAUAAAAGUAACUAAAACUUACAUUACUAUAAGUAAAUGAAAAUUUAUUAUUAAUUAAUUUAAUAAAUCAUUAUAAUUCCAUUUUACUACCAACGAUUUAAUUGUUAUGGUUAGCCACUUGAAAUAAGGCAGUACGCAUUAUAUAAAUGGUAAUACUCGUUUAUUUUCUGACGUUUAAAUUUAUAUAAAUGAUAGCAAUGUUGAUUAAUGAUCUUAAUUAUACAUACAACAAUACCAACAUACAGUAUCAACAUUUAUUUCACAUAAUUGUUUGUACACAAAAAUUAUUAACUAAAAUGAGUCUACGAAAAUGGAAAACAUUGAUUUAUUUUUUAAAUUUUCACUUUUGGUGCGGCCUUAAAGUUGGACGCUGAUAAUAUUUAUUUAUUAUCAUCUAGUUAAUUUAUAAUCAACAAAACCAAUAACUUAAUAUAAUUUACCAAUAUAUAAUAUGAUAUGUGUUAGUAUUUAUUUUGACAAUUGCACUAAAUCCCAUCAAUUAAAAGUUUGUUAAUUUAAUAAUUAUUGAUAAAUUAUCACAAUAAUAAUAAUAAUAAUAAUAAUAUUAAUAAUAAUUAUAAAGUAUAAAUUUUCAGAGAUUUUAAAUGUUGCCAAUUGAUUUAAUUGUAACAUCUGUCAAAUAAAAUUUAUUAAGAUAAAGAAUGGCCUAAAAUUAUCAUUUCACAAAUACACUGAUCAUAAAAAUAAAAGGAGUAAUUAAUUAUCAGCCGAAAAUUAAAUUUUUUCUUUGGAUACCAGUAACUCAGAAAAAAAUUAUCUUACAAAGCUCCUGGACCUCUCAAAUUAAAGAAUAGGAAUAAAACCAAGAGGGUUUCUACAUGAAAUUACUAAAAGUAAAUUUAUUGAAGGUCAUUCGCCUUUCGACAGUGUAUCAUCAAUCAAUCAACCACCUAGAUCUUACUACAAUAAUAAUAACUAAAAUAUUCAUUUAAAAUGAGUCAGUGUCCAACAUAAAGGACAUUCACCGUUAAAACUAUCUACUUGGAUGGAUUAUAUGCAUCGGGCCACAUUGGGCAUUUAAAUAAUACGCAAUCAUAAUUAACAUAAUUAAUAAUCACACAAAAUUGGCUGGACAAUAUAUACUACUAAUAAAUAUAAUAAUCAAGUUCCGGUCCACUUGGACGUUUUAAUUUUUCACAUGCGUACGUCACUUCUCGCUGGAUUGAGCAAUCGCGUAAAUAAUUUUUUAGACAACUCGCAUGAUCUGGACGUAUGGCAUUCUUACAUAUUGAAAUUAACUUUACUUUUUUACUCUACCCUGUGUCAGUUCUGAACUGAAGCAUAAAAAAUAAUUUAGUUACUAGAAUAAAUUAUUUUUCCUUUCAUUUUUAUUCAUCAUAUCUUUUGGCAUUUAAAU